AUGUGCAAGCAAUUCUGGAUCCCAUCUACAAGAAGUUCGAAGACUCCAACAGAAGUGGUUACCUCGAUGAAGCUGCAAAGAUCUAUCAUAGCCAGGCGGUCGUUGUGGAGAAAGGCAAAAAAGCCACGUACGGAAAAGAAGGUAUUGUUCAAAUACUCAAAGAGUUCUUCGAAAAAAUCGGUCAACACAAGUUCCUGACAACCAACGUCUCUUAUCAAGGCACCGAUGACUACCUGAUGGCUGAAUGCGAUUUCGAAGUGCGAGCGGAAAAAGGAGGGGACCCUCUCAAAGGCAAAAUGAACCAUAUCUGGAAGAAAGAAGAUGGAGAGUGGCGUAUUUAUCAUGAAGAAUUUGAAAUGAAGU